GAAACCUAAAUUUUAAAUAAUUUUUUUUAUUAUAAUAAGAAAAGGACGAAAUAUUGUGAAUUAAAAAAAAUAUAUUUUGAGUGAGGCAUACCUAAAAUCCUAGCAGCGUCAAAUUUGUGCCGGCCCUGCUUAACUAUCUUAUUGGCUAUCGAUUAUUUGAAAAUGUCAAGAUUACUGUUCUUAAACAAAUUCUCAAUUAUUAAAGCAACCUUCUUCACCACUCUUUUUCUUCCUUCUUCAUAAAACCAUCUUCUUUACACUUUACUGGGAUUUGGGUCUCUUUCAAUUUUCCUGAAAGACAAAGUAGAGUUUGUCUACCACUUACAUUAAAAGGAGAGAAAACAACACAAGCCCUCAAGUGUUGUUUCUGUCAUAUUAAGAGCCUUUUCAAGUGAGAGUGGUUUUAAUGAAGGUGUGGAGGGUUCACCGUAAAAAAGAGAAAAUGCAAUACCCUUAUGGUGUUUUGAAGUGGGUUUUGGUUUGGAUGUGUUUAUGUUGUUACCUUGUGUUCACAAUUGGACCACCAUUGCACCGGCGAUUCAAAGAUUCUCCUUGUCCUCAAUGUGAUCAUUGUUAUUGCUCUUCAACGGAAUAUCCUCUUGAGUGUGGGAAACAUGAUCCAGCAAUAAACGAGGAUACACUGACAAUGCUAUCUGAGGAAUUGAAGUUGCAGAAAAUUGUAGCCAACGAGACCUUGGAACACACCAGAAGAUUAGUAAUGAAUGCCAGAAAUACCUUUUCACAUUAUACUAAAGAAGCAGAAAAGUGCAAUAUAGGGAUGGAAACUUGUGAAGAAGCAAGGGAGAAAGCAGAGGCAGAGCUUGUUGAAGAACACAAGUUGACAGCUUUAUGGGAAAAUCGAGCCCGUGAUUAUGGGUGGAAGGACAGGAAAAGAACACGCUUAAGAAGUUAAUUACUAACUAUCAUUUAUCAUUGCCUUAUUGUGAUUAUUUAACCGGGACAUUUUGCCGCUCCUUAAUAUUGAAUUAGUACAUUUAGCUGCAUUUGACUUAACAGCAGGGUUAAUGCAAAUUUUCAUCACUCGUUUGUUUAUAAGCAAUCAAUU